CUUGAUUAUGUUCCUGCCGGGAGUAGUUCAGCAGUAUUGUUGGAUGCGUUCGUGUUUGGAUAUUAUAUCGAUAAUUACUGUACCAGAGGAAUGAAAGAUCUGAUCAUCACGUUCUCGUCCCUGUGGCUGAUCUCUCAUGCAGCUUCGGGGGCGAUCUCAGACGUAACGCUCGAUACCAUUCCCAACUCUAUUUUCGAUGAGUUUCGAAGGACCGAUCAAACGAACGACAAUCUCAAUUCAUUGCAAAUAAUACAAAGUCAGGGUUAUCCGGCCGAGGCACACACUGUGACGACAGAGGAUGGUUACAUCUUGACGAUACAUCGUAUCCUUGGGAAACCAGGAUCCCCAGCGGUCUUUUUACAACACGGUUUACUCGGUAGCUCUGCGGAUUGGCUCAUCGCUAACAAAAGCGUAUCCUUAGCUUUCUUGCUGGCCGACCGGGGUUACGAUGUGUGGUUGGGGAAUUUUCGGGGGAACACUUAUUCGAGGGCUCACGUUAAUCUGUCCUCCGACGAUAGAAGAUUUUGGGAUUUCAGUUGGCAUGAAUCAGGCAUUUACGAUCUACCGGCGAUGCUCACUCAUAUCGUGGAAACGAAACAAAACUUGUUGAGGGCCUACAUCGGAUACUCGAUGGGUACAACAGCUUUCUUUGUCCUAUGUAGCGAGCGACCGCAGAUAGCACGAUUGGUGCAAUCGGCGUAUGUCUUAGCCCCGGUCGCGUAUUUGAAAUAUGUGCAAUCUCCCGUAAUGCGAUUUUUAGCCUUUGCCGAAGAACCCUUGAAGAAAGUAAUUGAGGCCGUCUCACAUGGCGAGUUCCUACCGAACGAUAUUCUUGUUAAGAUUUUGACGAAAUACAUUUGUUAUUUCAAUACUCUGGAAGAAGAAGUCUGCUCUAAUGUGUUUUUCCUCGUGGUCGGAUUCGACAGUACGGAAUUUGAUUACCAAUUAAUGCCUAAGUUCUUGAACCACAUACCGGCCGGUGGAUCUAUCAAACAACUCACGCAUUACGGCCAGUUGGUCAAAUCCGGAAACUUUAGACAAUACGACUACGGCAAAGACAAAAAUUUGGAGAUUUACAAUAGCACCGAGCCACCGGAGUAUAAUAUAUCGAGGAUCAUAACACCAAUCGCCAUGUUCUGGGGGGAGAACGACUGGCUUUCUACUCGUAUAGACGUCGUAAGAUUUGUUAACAAGCUACCUCAUAAACCAGUUUUCUACAAAGUACCAUACAAGAAAUUUAAUCACCUUGACUUUUUGGUGGCUAGAAACGUUCGCCAACUGGUCUUCGAUCAACUAAUUGAUAUAUUAACUAACAAUACGUUAGACUUACACUUAGAAACUUAAACAUUUCUUAAACAUUAGAAUAAUCGAGAGGCUGUAUUUAUGUAAUGAAAAAUAUAAUGAGUAUCUCGAACUCCCAUUCCAAUUCCA